AUGGUCAUUGAAUUUGUGUUCAUUCAUGGAAGCACGCACAACUGGGUACAACUUAACGCCUUCGUGACUGUGCCUGUACGAAAGGAACGCGAUACAUUCGGUGAAUUGGAAGUACCAGCUGAUAAGUACUAUGGAGCGCAAACUGCCAGAUCUCAAAUGAAUUUCAAAAUUGGAGGACCCGAAGAGCGUAUGCCAAUACCCGUAGUACAUGCGUUCGGAAUCCUUAAGAAGGCAGCCGCUAUUGUCAACACUGAGUUCGGACUUGAUAAGAAAUUAGCUGAUGCGAUAUGCCAAGCAGCUGAUGAAGUUAUUCAAGGGAAACUUGACGAUCAUUUCCCUUUGGUUACAUGGCAAACUGGGUCAGGUACGCAGUCCAACAUGAAUGUGAAUGAAGUGAUUUCUAACAGAGCAAUAGAAAUUCUUGGUGGAGAACUUGGCUCAAAAAAACCAGUCCAUCCUAAUGACCACGUGAACAUGAGCCAGUCUAGCAAUGAUACUUUCCCGACAGCAAUGCACAUUGCUGUUGCCAGAGAGAUAAACUCGCGGCUUUUGCCUGCUCUCAAGCAACUUCGUACAUCACUUAACAACAAAUCGCUCGAAUUCAAAGACAUCAUUAAGAUUGGUCGUACACAUACGCAGGAUGCAGUGCCACUCACACUUGGCCAGGAAUUUUCGGGCUAUGUUCAGCAGGUCGACAACGGAAUAGAACGCGUGAAAGCUGUGCUCCCUCGGCUUUAUCAGUUAGCUGCUGGUGGAACAGCUGUUGGUACAGGGUUGAAUACCCGAAAGGGCUUUGCGGAGAAAGUUGCGAAGACCGUUUCUGAUAUCACUGGACUACCAUUUACAACUGCACCAAAUAAAUUCGAGGCGUUGGCUGCUCAUGAUGCACUCGUAGAGGUCCAUGGUGCGCUGAAUGUUUUGGCUGCUUCAUUUAUGAAGAUCGGCAAUGAUAUUCGUUUCUUAGGUUCUGGACCAAGAUGCGGCCUGGGAGAACUUUCACUACCUGAGAACGAACCAGGCAGCUCGAUCAUGCCAGGAAAGGUGAAUCCAACUCAAUGUGAAGCUUUAACAAUGGUGGCGGCUCAAGUUAUGGGAAAUCAGGUAGCUGUAACUGUCGGGGGAUCUAAUGGUCAUUUUGAGCUCAACGUAUUCAAGCCACUCAUGGUAAAAAAUGUUCUGCAGUCAACCAGACUUUUGGCUGACUCUGCUGUUUCUUUCUCGGUGAAUUGUGUUGAUGGUAUAGUUGCCAACAAGGAAAACAUUGCAAAGAUCAUGCGUGAGUCUCUAAUGCUUGUCACUGCUCUUAACCCACACAUUGGAUACGAUAACGCUGCUAAAAUAGCUAAGACCGCUCAUAAAAAUGGCACCACUUUGAAAGAGGAAGCUAUCAAGCUUGGUAUUCUGACUGAAGAACAGUUUGCCCAGUGGGUGAGACCUGAGAACAUGCUCGGACCCAAAUAG